UCUCUCUUCCCCCCCUUCCUUUCUCUCUUUCUCUCUCUGAAAGGUACAAAUACACUUCCAUAUACACCUGUAUUAUCAUGAUGUAUAUAUAGGAUUCUUCUUCUUUUUCAAAUUUGUGAAUAUACUCUGCAAAAGAAUUAUCAAAUUUUCUGGCAACAAAUCUCAGAAAAGCUAAGAAAAGUUUGAGAGAGAAUUCACCAAAAAAGGGAUCAAUUAUUUCCUCUCCUUUCUCUCCCUUGCUUUUAUUUUUACGUAUCAUUCAAACAAUAUUUGUCUACUUUUGUUUAUUUAAACGUAAAUAAAAAUAUAUAAUUUGCCAGCUUUGCAAGCUCUCUUCUUUUCGUUCCAUGCCCCUUUUUCUUUCGUUCUAUCCUUCCCUUCUUUGUUUCUCUUUCUAAACCCACCUCACAACUGUGUCCCUCCACAAUUUCUUCAAUUAUAUUAGCUUUCCUAGAAAGAAUUGCCUUGAUUGAUUGAUUGAUUGAUUGCAGUUUUUCCUCAGUCACUGUUCAGAGAGUGAAGGCUACUGGACCUUUAAGCUUUAAAAGUCUUGUUCACUAUUUUCUUGGAAGAGUUGGCUGCAAGAAGCAUUUGACAAGAUGUCGAGCUCUGUGAAAGCUUUAGAACCUGCAUUUCAGGGAGCUGGUCAGAGAAUAGGGACAGAGAUUUGGAGAAUUGAGAACUUCCAACCAGUUCCUUUACCAAAAUCUGAUUAUGGUAAAUUUUACUCGGGUGAUUCAUACAUUGUCCUGCAGACAUCACCUGGCAAGGGAGGAGCAUAUUUAUAUGACAUACAUUUCUGGCUUGGAAAGGAUACCAGCCAGGAUGAGGCUGGAACGGCGGCUAUCAAAACUGUUGAACUUGAUGCAAUUCUUGGUGGCCGUGCUGUACAGCACAGGGAACUCCAAGGUCAUGAGUCUGACAAAUUCUUAUCAUACUUCAAACCAUGUAUUAUACCGCUGGAAGGUGGUGUGGCAUCUGGAUUUAAGAAACCCGAGGAGGAAGAAUUUGAAACACGGUUGUAUGUGUGUAAAGGAAAACGUGUUGUAAGGUUAAAGCAGGUCCCAUUUUCUCGGUCCUCACUGAAUCAUGAUGAUGUGUUUAUCCUGGAUACCAAAGAUAAAAUAUUUCAGUUCAAUGGUGCAAAUUCCAACAUACAGGAGAGGGCCAAAGCACUGGAAGUAAUUCAGUUUUUGAAGGAAAAGUAUCAUGAGGGGACAUGUGAUGUUGCAAUUGUUGAUGAUGGAAAGUUGCAGACAGAGUCCGAUUCUGGUGAAUUCUGGGUUCUUUUUGGUGGGUUUGCACCAAUUGGAAAAAAGGUUGCUAGUGAAGAUGAUAUUAUUCCAGAAAAGACUCCUGCAAAACUCUACAGUGUUGUGGAUGGUCAGGUUAAGCCUGUAGAUGAUGAACUUUCAAAAUCUAUUUUGGAGAAUAACAAGUGCUUUUUGUUGGAUUGUGGCUCUGAGAUUUUUGUUUGGGUUGGCCGGGUAACUCAAGUCGAUGAGAGGAAGACUGCCAUUCAAGCUGCUGAGGAGUUUGUUGUUGGCCAAAAUAGACCGAAGUCAACCAGUAUAACACGGCUAAUUCAAGGUUAUGAGACGCAUUCAUUUAAGUCCAACUUUGAUUCUUGGCCAUCAGGAUCAGCACCUGUUGCUGAGGAGGGAAGAGGAAAAGUAGCAGCUUUGCUGAAGCAACAAGGUGUUGGUGUUAAGGGAGCAAGUAAAAGUGCUCCAGUGAAUGAAGAAGUCCCUCCAUUGCUAGAAGUAGGUGGAAAAAUUGAGGUUUGGUGCAUUAAUGGCAGUGCAAAGACUCCAGUUCCCAUAGAAGAUAUUGGUAAAUUCUUUAGCGGAGAUUGCUAUAUCAUUCUCUACACCUACCAUUCUCAUGAUAAGAAAGAAGAGUAUUACUUGUGCUAUUGGAUUGGAAAGGAUAGCAUUCAGGAGGACCAAAUUAUGGCCGCCGGGCUAGCUAACACAAUGUGCAACUCGCUGAAGGGAAGACCUGUAUUGGGUAGGAUAUAUCAAGGGAAAGAGCCGCCGCAGUUUGUUGCCAUCUUUCAGCCAAUGGUGGUCCUUAAGGGUGGAGUCAGCUCUGGGUAUAAGAAUUACAUAGCUGACAAAGGAUUGAAUGAUGAAACUUACACUCCUGAUUCCGUUGCACUCAUUCGGAUAUCUGGAACAUCAAUGCAUAAUGACAUAGUAGUUCAAGUUGAUGCGGUUCCAGCCUCGUUGAACUCUAAUGAAUCUUUCCUUCUACAAUCUGGCUCUUCAUUAUUCAGUUGGCAUGGGAGUCAGAGUACAUUUGAGCAGCAGCAAUUAGCGGCUAAGGUUGCUGAAUUUUUGAAGCCAGGAGUAGCUAUGAAACAUACUAAAGAAGGAACUGAGAGCUCUGCAUUCUGGUUUGCUCUGGGAGGAAAGCAAAGUUACACCAGUAAGAAAGUGACUCCAGAGGUGUCCAGAGAUCCCCACUUGUUCACGUUUUCAUUUAACAAAGGGAAAUUUGAGAUUGAAGAAGUCUACAACUUUUCCCAAGAUGAUCUGCUGACUGAGGAUGUUUUGAUACUCGAUACACAUGCUGAAGUGUUUAUUUGGGUUGGUCAGUCAGUAGAUGCUAAAGACAAGCAGAGUGCUUUUGAAAAUGGGCAGAAAUAUGUAGAGCUGGCUGCAUCUUUGGAGGGGCUGUCUCCUAAGGUUCCACUAUACAAAGUCACAGAAGGAUUUGAGCCCUGCUUCUUCACAACAUAUUUUUCAUGGGAUCCUGCAAAAGCUAUGGCACAUGGAAACUCAUUCCAGAAGAAGGUUUUGCUGCUGUUUGGUGCAAGCCAUGCCACAGAGGAACGCUCAAAUGGUACAAAUCAGGGCGGACCAACUCAAAGAGCUUCUGCUUUAGCAGCUUUAAACUCUGCAUUUAGUUCAACUGGUUCUGCAAAACCUACUCCUGCAGCAAGGUCUGCAGGAGUGAGUCAGGGAUCACAAAGAGCAGCUGCUGUUGCUGCUUUAUCAUCUGUUCUGACUGCUGAAAAAAAGCGGUCACCUGAUUCUUCUCCAGCUCGACCUGGUCGAAGUCCAACAUCGGAAACUGGCAGUCCUGCAUCGGGGUUGAAGAGUGAAAAUUCCCCUCCGGACCUUGAAGAUUCUAAAGAAGGGUCAGAAGUUGAGGCUGAGAUAGCUGAGCUUGCAGUUCAGACCAAUGGAGAAGAUUCAGAACCAAAGCCAGAUUCAGAGCAGGAUGAGAAUGGCGGUGAAAGUACUCAAAGUACAUUUAGUUAUGAACAACUGAAGGCUAAAUCUGACAAUCCUGUCACUGGCAUUGAUUUUAAACGCAGGGAGGCUUAUCUCUCUGAUGAGGAAUUUGAGGCUGUACUGGGAAUGACAAAAGAAGCAUUUUAUAAAUUGCCUAAGUGGAAGCAAGACAUGCUGAAAAAGAAAGCUGAUCUCUUCUAGAAACAAAAUCCAAAACAUCAACCAUCUUAUCAACUCUUUUUCUAUCUAUACUUGCGGACUUCGGUUUUGACAUCUUCUCUGCCAGAGCAACCUGCUUUUAUAGGUAUUUCAUGCCUGGUUUGCACUUAUAGCAAUUUUUGUCUGCGUUAUUGUGACCUAGAUUUUGUUAGUACGGGUUUGAUUAUGUGGUGCCGGCUUGAAGUGUGAUCUUCUUCUCCCGCUUCUUAGUCCUGCUGGGUUUCUCACAAUCCAGAGAUUGUAGUUUAAAAACAAGAGGAGUGUCAUAUUCUUUGAUUUGGUCAAUAUGUAUCCCAGUCUGUGAUCUAUUGCAGAUCUCUUUCCUUUAUUUUUCUGCUAUGUUUACAGAACAUUCUUUUGGUUCAUGGAAAUGAUGUAUAUUUGUUGCACUGUAAGUAAGUCGUAAAGUUAAUGACAGACUGCUUUCUAGUUUUCUACUUUUCUCAAAUAGUAGGGGAACUAAUGGUGGUACAGUUUUGGAAA